AUCUCAGUAACCGUUGAACCGCAGAAAACGCUGUCGAGCGACUAGGGAAGAAAGUGUCAAAGGAAUUCCUUCCAAAAGGUAUGAAACUUAGCUUUGACACGCGUUUUUGUACGUUGCCAGCGACACACUGGACGUUGCCACUUACCUGUCUGCCACUAUCGUCCAGCUCGGCAUUAUCGGGAAUCUGUGCAAGAUGGUUACCCGCAGACCCACCGGAUGUAAGAAUCUUUCUUCAUUCCUGCUGUACUCUACUGUUGAUAAAUAACAUACUUUCGUAUGUGUUUCUAUUGUCCAGAAAUGCGGUUCAAGCUACAAGCCAUACUGAGCCACGCACGAGGGUUAGAUACUUGCACUAUCUUCUCAUCGUUUGGCAGACAAACUCACUGCUGGUGCAGGGAUACAUUUGCUAUCAAAUAUCUAAUUACCAACAUGUAGCAGAACUGGUGGAUCUUUUACCACUGUGCCUGUGUUUACUCUUUUUGGACACUUGUUACGCGAUAGCACUAAAUAGCAGUCUUCGAGUGAUGUCGAACAUCUUUUAUGGAACAGUAUUUGUCGCUUUUCAUACCGUCGCUUGGCUCAUGCUGUUGCUCAGCUUAACCUGUAUAGUGUACAGAGAGUAUAUCGACUGCAGCUUCAUUUGA